UUAACCCUCACCUGUUGUUUUCUGCUUGAAAUUUUUAACAACAUAAACUUUUGUGUGAAAUUUCUCAAAUUGAAUUUAGCGGCGUUUAUAACAAUCUGCUCAAUUCUCGAUGGGCAUAUCUCAUCAGAAAAAUUAGUAAUCGUAAAUGCGGUGUGUAAAGGCUUAACAAGCAAUCCAUUUUAACUGGUUCAGACAGAAAGCAAUUGAAAUUCACUGAUGUCGACAUGAUAAAUUGUGGAGUCAUAAUGAAUUCUUUUUGUAAGCAAAGAAGGAAUCUUCCCUUUUGGAUGCCUGUUACUGGAAUUCGAGCAAUUUUUACUAAAAGCUUGGAUUUGGCAUGUGCUCAGGAAAAACGGAAAAACUGGGAAAGCGUUGUUGGUUUAGAAGUUCAUGCACAAAUCAAGACCAGUUCCAAGCUGUUUUCUGGUUCAGCUAAUAAAUUUGCAUCACCUGCAAAUUCUCUUGUGUCAUUAUUUGACUGUGCAAUUCCAGGAACCCUCCCAGUUCUUAACAAAAAGGCUGUUGAAGCAGCUCUACUUACUGCAUUAGCCCUUAACUGCAAUGUUAAUUUGGUUUCAGAAUUUGACAGAAAACAUUAUUUUUAUGCAGAUAUGCCAGCUGGGUAUCAGAUUACACAGCAAAGAUUACCACUGGCCAGUGAUGGAUACUUGGAUUUUGCUGUGUUUAGUUCAGCAGUGCACAAAGCAGCUUAUAAGAAACAAUCGAAAAUUAAACAACUGCAAUUAGAACAAGACAGUGGCAAAAGUUUGCACGAAGAAUCUUGCUCCGGGAGCCUUAUAGAUUUAAACCGAGCAGGUGUUGGUUUAAUGGAACUUGUUUUUGAACCUGAUCUCAAGGAUGGUGAAGAAGCAGUUGCUUGCGUUUCUGAACUUAUCAGGAUAUUAGAAGCCCUUGAGACAUGCGACUGCAAGAUGGAAGAGGGUUCUUUACGGGUCGAUGCAAAUAUUUCGGUCAAUAAGCCAGGAGAAACCUUCGGAACACGGACAGAAGUAAAAAAUCUCAAUAGUUUACGAGCAUUAGCUAGAUCGAUUGACUACGAAAUCGUGCGACAAAUCGAAGUUUUAGAAAAAGGAGGCAAAAUUACAAAUGAGACUCGUGGAUAUGACCCCCAACAGAAAAUAACCUUAUCUAUGAGAGAUAAAGAAGAAAAACAGGAUUACCGAUACAUGCCUGAACCAAAUUUGCUACCACUAAGUCUUUUACAAUUAAAGUUAGACCCAUCUGACUUUCGAGAGCGCAUCCCAGUUUUGCCUGAGCAAGAACGUACAAUGCUUAUGGAGAAAUACCAAUUAAGCUUGGAAACAGCUAUACAAUUAGUGAAUGGGAGGAACAUUGACUAUUUCCUAAACGUUAUGGAUGCAUUGCCAAAUCUUCCGGUAAAAAAAGUGUGUAGCUUGCUUCUAACGGAUUUGCUUGGUCUUCUACAUAAAGAUGAAAAGACAAUUCAAGAAUGCCAGAUAAAUCCUCGACAAUUUGCGAAAAUAGUUGAACUUGUGAAAAACAAAAAGGUCUCCCAUUCAGCUAGCCAAAAUUUGCUAUUACUUCUCUACCGUGGUGAUUUACGUCACCCUGAACAGGUGGUUGAAGAAGAAGGGUGGACUAUGAUUAAUGAUCCUAAACAACUUGAAGUCAUUUGCAAACAAAUAAUAUCCGAAAAUCCUAAAUCCGUCGCCGCUUUUCGAGCUGGUAAAGCAAAAAUAUUCAAAAGCUUGGCAGCCCAGCUUAAAAAGGAGUGUAAUGACAGAUAUGAUAUGGGAGACGCAACGCAAACUUUAAAAAGACUAUUGGAAGAAAAAAAUUUGUAAAUCAAUUUUUUAAAAGUAAAAAUUAUUUCCGUGUACUUGGUUGGCGUUCAAAGUUUACACCCUUGCAGUGCUGAAAAGUAAAUGAGAAACAGACA